AUGGCUAAGACACGGAGAUCCAAAAAAGUAGGAUGUCCAAUUGAAAUUUAUGCCAGUGUAGAUGACAAGGGUGAUUGGAUUAUUAGGAGAGUGAUGUUGGACCAUCAGAAUCACCAACCCACACCGAUGAAAUCCAAGGAUGUGCCUGCUUUCAGGAAACGCAAUUUACUGGAUAAAGAGAAAAACUUAGGACAGAGUGGAAAAUCUUCCCUUAAAUUCAAGGGACAUUCAAAAGAGAAUAAGGAAGAGGUGAUGUUGAAUCUAAGUGGUGGUGAUGCCCGAGCAAUGGUUGAUUACUUUAACAAGUUGACAGCUGAUAAUCAGAACUUCUUCCACAUGGAAAGGUACGCGGAACGAGGUGGUCUUCAAGACAUAGUUUGGGUUGAUGCGAGGAGCAGGGCAGCGUUCGAAGAGUUUGGAGAUGUAAUAGUCUUUGAUGCCACGUACUUAACCAAUAAGUACCGUCUUCUGUAUGCAAACUUUUGCGGUGUGAAUCAUCACAUGCAGACGAUACUCUUUGGUUGUGCACUACUUUCUCGCGAGACUGCAGAGACUUACUCGUGGCUGUGUACCACCUGGUUAAACUGCAUAUCAGGCAAAGUUUCUAGUGGGAAAUUAACUAAUCAGGAUCCUGCAAUGAGGAGAGCAUUGAAGGAGACCAUGAAAGAUACAACACAUAGGUGGUGUCUAUGGCAUAUUCUCCAAAAGUUCCCCAAAUACUUGAAUAAGCAUGAGAACUAUGAAGAUUUGAAGGCUGAUCUAGAGAAUGUAAUAUAUGACAGCAGUGAUCCCGUUACUUUUGAAAUGGGUUGGAAUGAUGUUAUUGUUCACUACGCCGUCAAAGAAAAUGCCAAUUACAAAUGGUUGGAAGAUAUGUAUGAUGAGAGGCAUGGCACAAAAUAG